AUGGUGACUGAGACUGACAUUCUGUCAAACAUUGUCAAAAUAGAACAACAUGAAGACUCUCAUGGUGGAUUGGUGUCGGCUGGUUACGGAGAGGAUGAAGUGAGUCGUGUGGAGGAGGCAGAUGAGAAGCCCUCGGAGAAUGAGGACAGUGAUGAUGACAGCACUAGAAAUUCGGAAGAGGAGGAGUCGGACUCAGGGCGGACCCAAGAUGAUGUGAAGGAUGUCUCAGAAGUGGACGUUAAAGACCCCAAUGAGCUUGUUGCACAGUUUUCAGAGAAGGUUCGGAAUAUGUCUCCUGAUGAGAUCAGAAUUCCUCCUGAACCUCCCGGGCGUUGUUCCAGUCAUCUGCAGGAAAAGAUCUUUAAACUUUAUGAGAGGAAGCUUCACGGAUACUUUGAUACAAACAGCCAUAUUCAAAAGAAGAAAGAGUUCCGCAACCCAAGUAUUUAUGAGAAGCUUAUCCAGUUCUGUGGUAUUGACGAACUUGGAACCAAUUAUCCAAAAGACAUGUUUGAUCCUCAUGGCUGGUCAGAGGAUUCAUAUUAUGAGGCACUAGCCAAAGCUCAGAAAGUGGAGAUGGACAAGCUGGAAAAAGCUAAAAAGGAAAAGACCAAAAUUGAGUUUGUGACGGGCACCAAAAAAGGCACCACUACUAAUGCAGCAGCUAUGGCCACAAACACAACAACUGCCUCUUCCACAGAUGCUCAGAAGAGGAAGAGCAAGUGGGACUCAGCAGUGCCAGUGACCCUGGCACAACCCGCCCUCCUCACCACCACCACUGCCACCCUCCCUGGAGUCGUCUCUGUGACAACAACAGUCAGCGGCACCAAGACCACAGUCAUCUCUGCAGUGGGAACCAUUCUCAAAAAAGCUAAGCAAUGACACUAAAAAAGGCAGGGCUGUUUCACUUCAGGUUGCCAGAUUGAUAGUGAAUGGCAGUGCUACAUGUAAAUGUAACAAGUUGUGCUGUUUUUAGUUGAGCAACAGAUGAUUUUAACUGUCUGGCAACUGGAAUAGAUGGUGUUUAUCUCAUUUUCAGAAAGUGAAAAUUCUGGAUAUAGCUUUAUAAUGACAUAAUUGUAUCAGUCAUCUCUGUGUUCGGUUUUGACUAGCUGUUUCAAAUGCAUUCAUCUGAUGGUUGAUUCUUUGAUUUAAACUUCUUGGUUGUCUUUGCCCAGAUGUUUUCCAUUGAAUUCAUAAUUCUUGUAUGUAAAAACGAUCCUGCAGCUGUCAUACAUAUCUGUUGCAGUAAAGUCACCUGACCUUUCAUGUCCGACAUAUGAAAACUGAAACCUGCAAUAAUGUAUUGCUUAUCAGUAAAUUCAAAUUUUCUUUCGUUUUUUUUUUUCAAUAAUCAUUCAGUGUUUGAUAGAUGCUCAAUC